AUGCCCCUUGGUCUAAAGAAUGCUGGAGCCACCUAUCAACGUGCAAUGCAAAACAUAUUUGAUGACAUGCUUCAUAAGAGGGUGGAAUGUUACGUCGAUGACUUGGUGGUAAAGACGAAGCAAAUGGAGCACCAUCUUGAAGACCUUCGAAUUGUUUUUGAAAGGUUAAGGAAAUUUGACUUGAAGAUGAAUCCACUCAAAUGCGCAUUUGGGGUUACCUCAGGAAAGUUUCUUGGCUUCAUCGUUCAUCACCGUGGAAUUGAAGUUGAUCCCGCAAAGAUUGAUGCCAUCCAAAAAAUGCCUGAGCCAAAAAACUUGAGAGACCUGUGUAGUCUACAAGGAAAUUUGGCAUUCAUUCAGAGAUUCAUUUCUAACCUGGUUGGACGAUGUCAACCUUUCAACCAUUUAAUGAAGAAAGAUGCUCCUUUCCACUGGGACCAAUCAUGUCGAAAUGCCUUUGAAAGCAUCAAGAGAUACUUGGUGAAUUCGCCUAUAUUGAGGGCACCAACUCUUGGAAAGCCAUUGAUACUGUACAUUGCAUCGCAAGAGCGAUCACUUGGGGCACUUCUUGCUCAAGAGAAUGAAGCUAAGAAGGAACAAGCAUUGUACUAUCUGAGUCAGACCUUGAUAGGAGUUGGGUUGAAUUAUACUCCCAUUGAGAAGAUGUGCUUAUCAUUGCUUUAUGCGAUAAGAAAAUUGAGGCAUUAUUUUAAAGCGUACACUAUCAAGCUAAUUUCUCGGGCUGAUCCUGUAAAGUUAGUAAUGACUCGACCAGUUCUCUCAGGACGUCUAGCAAGAUGGUCUAUAUUGUUUAAUCAAUAUGAGAUCAUUUACACACCUCAAAAGGCUGUGAAGGGGCAAGCACUUGCUAAUUUCCUUGUUGAUCACCCUCUUUCGGGAAAAUGGGAAACUUCAGCUGAGUUCCCUGAUGAAGAUGCAUUUCUUACUGAAAAGUUGCCAACAUGGACAAUGUUCUUUGAUGGAUCUGCACAUCGAGAUGGUGCAGGGGCGGGAGUCGUGUUGAUAUCUCCAGAACAACUAAUCUUACCAUUUUCAUUUGUUCUAGGUGAAACCUGUUCCAACAACGCCGCAGAGUACCAAGCUUUGAUUGUGGGCCUUGAAAUGGCAUUAGAUAUGAAGAUUCCUCAAUUGGAUGUCUACGGUGACUCUCAAUUGAUCAUUAAUCAACUCUCGGGGAGUUACGAGGUAAAAAAUGAAGAUCUUUUGUCAUAUCACCAAUAUGCUACUUUCUUACUUGAAAGGUUUGAUCAAGUGUUCUUAAAUCACGUCCCAAGAGAAGAAAAUCGCAUGGCAGAUGCUUUGGCUAACUUGGCUACAACAAUGUCACUCGGAGAAAAUGAGACAACAAAGGUGAGUGUAUGUCAUCGAUGGGUUAUUCCUGGUCGUCUUGAUCUUCAAAUCGAUGAAAGCCAUCAUACAUCAGUUCGAGUGGUUGAAGAAGAAGAUUGGAGAAAACCACUGGUUGAGUAUCUUGAACAUGGAAGACUGCCUGAGGAUCCACGAGUUAGAGCAGACAUUAAGACAAGAGCACCACGAUUCAUCUUUCACGAUGGGAUACUAUUUCGUCGUUCUUUUGAGGGACUAUUCUUGCGGUGUCUUGACAAAGAAAAAGCUCAACAAACAAUGGAUGAGGCACAUUCUGGCACAUGUGGAGCACACCAAUCAGGGCCUAAACUUCAUUUUCGCAUCAAGAGGAUGGGCUACUAUUGGCCAACAAUAGUGAUGGACUGCUUAGGGCAUGCAAAAAAGUGUCAAGCGUGUCAAUUCCAUGCUAAUUACAUCCAUCAAUCUCCAGAGGCUUUGCAUCCGACUGUAGCCUCAUGGCCCUUCGAUGCAUGGGGACUUAAUGUUGUUGGACCUCUUCCAAAGUCAUCAAAAGGACAAAUGUAUAUCUUGGUUGCCACUGACUAUUUCUCUAGAUGGGCUGAAGUUGUACCAUUAAAAGAGGUAAAGAAGGAAAAUGUUGUUGAUUUUAUCAAAUCAAACAUAAUUUUUAGAUAUGGCAUACCAAGAUGUAUAGUUACUGAUAAUGGAACACCCUUCAACAAUAAACUCAUGAGUAGCUUGUGCGAGAAGUUCAGUUUUAAGAAACAAAAGUCUUCAAUGUACAAUGCACCUGCCAAUGGUCUUGCUGAAGCUUUUAACAAGACAUUUGGUAACCUGUUGAACAAAGUAGUUGGAAAGAAUAAAAGAGACUGGCAUGAGAGAAUUGGUGCAGCUUUGUGGGCAUAUCGUACAACCUUUAGAACAGCUACGCAAGCGACUCUGUUUUCAUUAGUGUAUGGCAUAGAAGCAGUCCUUCCAUUGGAGAAGCAAAUUCCAUCAUUGCGAAUAGCAAUCCAAGAGGGACUCACAACUGAAAGUAAUGCUCAACUUCGUCUAGCAGAGUUGGAGGCAUUGGAUGAAAAGAGAUUGGAAGCACAACAAAGGUUGGAGUGUUAUCAAGCUCGACUUGCAAGAGCAUUCAACAAGAAGGUGAGACCUCAAUCAUUUCAAGUGGGAGAGUUGGUCUUAGCAGUCCGGAGACCCAUAAUCCUCAACAAACGCAUCGGUGACAAAUUUACAUCGAAAUGGGAUGGGCCGUAUGUUGUGAAGGAAGCAUACUCAAGAGGCGCUUAUAAAAUUGUAGACCAAGAUGGUGUAAGAGUUGGUCCAAUCAACGCUAAGUUUCUGAAGCAAUACUUCCCAUAA